ACGUCAGUCGAGCGGGGCGCGGUCGCCGUCAGUCGUCACGGAGUGGAGCUGGUGCUUGUCAUCCGGCCGCCAUUAUCUCAUACGGAUUCAUAAAAUCAAUUAAAGUUACGCUGCCGUUACGCGUUUCGGUGUGAAGUGGAUUAGAAAAUUGUGAAAGUUUAAAUAGUGCGGCCAUAUUCCUAUAUUAGUGAGUCAAUCAGACAGUGUUUAGUGGUAGGUUUAGGUUACUGUGUUGGGUGCUAACAUUGUGUAGGGUGGCUCCGGUGAAGUCGGGGCGGCAGGACGCGUGUGGAGCGUAUGCAGAGGGAGCGGUGAGAGUGCGCCCGGCUCGUGAGUCGGGGCGGACGGCGGCACAGGCACACCGAUAGCUGCCAAAAUGGGUUGCGCUCAGUCGGCAGAAGAGCGCGCCGCCGCUGCUCGUAGCAAGGCGAUCGAAAAGACCCUGAAAGACGAUGGAAUCCAAGCAUCCAAAGAUAUUAAAUUGUUGCUGCUAGGUGCCGGAGAGUCGGGCAAGAGUACUAUCGUCAAACAAAUGAAAAUUAUCCACGAGAGUGGUUUCACAAAUGAAGACUUCAAACAGUACCGGCCCGUGGUGUAUAGCAACACGAUCCAGUCGCUCGUCGCCAUCUUGCGAGCUAUGCCCAACCUGGGCAUCACCUACGCUAACAAGGACCGCGAGAGCGACGGCAAGAUGGUGUUCGACGUGAUCCAGCGUAUGGAGGACACGGAGCCGUUCAGUGAGGAGUUGCUGGCGGCAAUGAAGCGGCUGUGGGCCGACGCCGGUGUGCAGGAGUGCUUCGGCCGCUCCAACGAGUACCAGCUCAAUGACUCCGCUAAAUACUUCCUUGAUGACCUGGACCGGUUAGGCGCCAGGGACUACCAGCCCACCGAGCAGGACAUCCUCAGGACCAGGGUCAAAACCACCGGCAUCGUUGAAGUUCAUUUCUCCUUCAAAAACCUUAAUUUCAAAUUAUUCGACGUGGGUGGUCAGCGGUCUGAGAGAAAGAAAUGGAUCCAUUGCUUCGAGGAUGUGACCGCGAUCAUAUUCUGUGUGGCCAUGUCCGAGUACGACCAGGUGUUGCAUGAAGACGAGACGACGAACCGUAUGCAGGAGAGUUUGAAGCUGUUCGACUCUAUCUGCAACAAUAAGUGGUUCACCGACACCAGCAUCAUCCUGUUCCUCAACAAGAAAGAUCUCUUCGAGGAGAAGAUACGCAAGUCGCCGCUCACCAUCUGCUUCCCGGAGUACACGGGAGCGCAGGAGUACGGCGAGGCGGCGGCGUACAUCCAGGCACAGUUCGAGGCCAAGAACAAGUCGACCACUAAAGAGAUAUACUGCCACAUGACGUGCGCCACCGACACCAACAACAUUCAGUUCGUGUUUGACGCAGUCACUGACGUCAUCAUAGCCAACAACCUGCGCGGCUGCGGACUCUACUAGGCUCACAACAAACGUACGCGCGCCGCACACACGCCGCACACCCGCCGGGGCUAUUCUGUCACAUUACGAUACAAUAUCACAUUAUAUAUUCCACCAAUUGAAACUAUAAACUUCAAUGUAUUCUGAUGCCCGUGGCUUUUUUCGCUCUUAAAAAUAAAGUGUCAUCAACAUACUUAUCGUAUGUUUUCAGUUUAAACACGGCGUUAGAACAUGAUAUGACGAGAACAUUGUAUAAGUUCGAAAAUUGUUCAUUGGUGAUCCAAGUUACAUAAUAGCCCCCCGGGACGGCGGUGCGACCACCGAUAAUGUGAACACCGCAAUUGAAAACGACGCCGCUACGAGCGUGUUUGUUCGCUUUUUUGUGUUUUAUAAAACAAACUCGACUAUUAAAACUAAAUGUUUAGCUUCAUAAGAAAUUUAAAUCAGUAAGAUAGUUAUUGCGUUUGGGGAAUCGUUCAGAGAUCCAAUUUAAUUGAUUUUUUUGUCACAAUUGGUCAUUUUAUUAGGUAAAAUUGAAAUAGAACGCGUUCUCGUGGUCGUACCGGCGUCGUGACCACACCAGGACGGCGGCGAGUCGCUCCUCGUGUUUCGCGAGCGCGCUGUCACUCGUUCGCUGUCGUCAGUGUGUGACGCAGCUGAGCCUAUAUCAUAUAUUUUGUAUGGGAAGUGCUUACACUGGUUAUACCGCCGAUGUGCAGAUAUCAGCCGCGCGGCUUCGACGCAUCCUCUAUGUUUCAGUGCGCGCUCGCGACCGAACCAUCGCGACUAGAUCCAUUACGUGAACUACCCAGCCAUCUCCGUAAACGCUUUUUGAUACACGCUUAGUGUUUUUUUUGUAUGAUUUUUAAAAAUCUUGGAAGAUAUUUUAUCAUGAUUGUUCUUCUCGUGAAAGUGCAUAAAAAAUUACUUCUGGUAUUUUUUAAUUAUAAAGUACUCAUUUAAGAUAAUGAUUGCGAUCAGCGUAUUCUAGUUAAUUCGUAUUCAAUUCUAAAUUUCGGUGCUAUGUGUUUUGUAUGAUGAUUUUUGUCUAUCUGUGAUCUAGUUGCGACGCUUCGAGUACGAUAAAUCGCGCCGCGUUCGGUUCGCGAUUCAGCGAAUGACGAUUCGACACGAUCGGCGGCGAUUCUGUUCGGGAACGAUUGGACGUUCGAUUCGUCGGCUGUGUGAGCGAGCGCGGCGCGAGGUCGCGGGCCGCAGCAGCAAUGUGCUUAUAUACUCACUCUCUUACGGACCAAACACAGAAAGGAACCAAUAAAUUAGCGCAGAAAGUCAGUAGCAAUUCGCGGGUACGUCACGGGCCUACUUUACUGAUGCAGAUCAUUCCAUUCUUAGGUAUUAUCAACGAGAACAUUAUUUUUGUAAACUUUUGAAUGCACAACUGUACCCGCUAAGUCGGAUUAAGGAGAUGUCAUUUAUUUUGCAUACUUUGCAACCUAUACUGUACUAUCCCCCCUCCCCCCACGAUAACUAUACGUUUUAAGUUAAGCCUCAUGUUAAGCACAAAAUGAUUAAUUACUUGUAAGAGCAUGGAUUCGUUAUGCCAUAUAAACUAUCUUUAAUAUUUUUGUGUUCAUAUUUUUUCUAUAUCACUUUACAAUAACCUUAGGUGUAGUCAUAUAAGAACUACUAUUAUAUUGUAUUGUAUUCAAUUAUUACAAUCAUGUUAGAUAUUUAUUUGACGUAGCGUGUUCCUGUCGGACAAGAUGUAAUGUGACAUGUCACUUUUGAUUUUAUAUUUAAGUGAAGUAACCAAUGUUUGUAUCGAUGUUAUCUUGUAUCGUGCUGUCAGUCGGUCAGUCAGUCAGUCAGUCAGUCAGUCAGCACGCCGCGCCACGCCGUAGGUUCUAUUGACAUCAUAUGUAAGAUAUGUGAGUAUAUAAACUUUGUGUACACUCGCGAUUUUGGCGUAAUCAACACUAUACAUAUAUAUACUGUAUAACAUAAUUUAUUAAUAAUAAUAAAAUAAAAAUCUUACUUUUAAGCAUUAGGGCAGUAAUUGUAUCAAUAACAUUAAUAAAUAAUGCAAUUAGACAGUAACCUUUACUAUUGUCAUAGUUAGGUGAUUAUUCUUUUCAUUUUACGUUUAUGAUGUAUGUAAAAAGUGAUUACUUAAAUGAAAAUGUAACGCCUACACAGAGCGCGCGGGCCGCCUCACACGACACGAUAUCCCAACACAUCGCGAAACAUGUUGCGAGACAUUUUGAAUUAACACGUCGUCGGUGGCCCGCGUCCCGAGCGACGCUCGCUUGUUGCUAGGUAGGUUUUUUACUGUUAUGUAACAAUAUGUGUAUGUAAAAUCGAACUAAUUAUAUUAUUAGCGCAGUUCUACUCCCGACCGGGGAUACAUUUAAGCUUCACUAUAUUUUAAAACUUUCUUCCGAGGCGGAGCUAGGAGCCGAUAUACUCGAGUGGUCUCGCUGAGUGUCCGUCGGCUUUUAGUUAGGUUCCAGAAUAUUCCUCAUAUUGCAUUUAAGGGCGACCUUUUGUACUAAGCGAAAGUAGAUCGGAACAUUGUCAGGGGACAUUUCACAGUUCCACAUCGAGUGGGCCAACACUCGUGUGUUGCCGGCUAUUCCUCCAGUGAGUUAACUUAAUGCAUUUCAAUGUGUUUCUCCGUCGUUGGAUUUUAACUCGUAUUGCUUUAAUAUUUCGAAUGAAUGGGAUGUAAAUUUUUGUACACUGCCGCAUUAUUUAUUCGCUCCAAUCACGUUUAGUUUAUAAGAGUGGUGACAGUGACAGACCGCGCCCCCCGCGUCCCCCGCGACCCACGCGGGCAAGUCCUCCCCGUGAUUGUCUCGACGCUCAAAACGAUCCAUUGAAGUGAGUGACGUGGUUUGUGCAGAAGCUUCUUUUUUGAAGACUGAAAUGUUGCGGCUCAAAUGUUCUCGUGCUUUAUUAGAUUCGCCCCGGGGGUAGGUUAUCGGAGUGUGUUUUAUAAGGAAAUUAGCGAAGACGGCAUAGAUCAGCUUAGAUUCGGUAAGUUACGGCAUUGGAACGCUACCCCCGGCUACAAGUUAGCGACGUUCAAUUGUAUUUCUUUUGACAUUGUAUAUGCUGAAUUUGUCACAAUUGUGUCGAUUUAAUGACGUCAUCACCAUGCUUCAUUCGUAUUUGCCAAAGUUAA